CCAACGCCACAACCGUCACAAUUGAAUACUGCUCAACAAAAAAACCUAAUACUUACAAGUCCAUCGAAUUUCAAUCCCAGUGGUAGCGCAACAACUAGUUUCCACAACUCUCCGCUGCCCCUUGGGGCAGCAAUACCAAUUAGUAGCACACGCGGUCCUUAUAUACCCGUUUCUAUUGAUCCAUUUGAUGUGCAUAAUGACACAGUGCGUCGUUCAUCACGCCUGUAUCCAGUAUUCAAACGUGUUCGCCGAAAUACUCCACCUCACAAUUUACCAUUGGCUCCACUUCCUGCCUCACCGCCGGCAAUUAUAUUCAAUUUACCACCGAAGGGAUUAGUGGUGGAGCCUUAUGAAGAUCUUGUCUUGAGCGAGAGUCGUCCGAUUGACGCUGAGAAUGAAAAUCGUGCCGUCGCAGAAAUACCAACCACAGAUUCGCCAGCGCAAGCGGACAACAGCGGACAAGUGAACAAUUUUAUAGCCAAUUUGGCGGACAAUGUAAAAUUUAGUAUGCCAACCGAAGAGCUAUUGGAGGAUAAUAACAUCGAUAUAGACAGCAACUUCGAACGACUUGCCACACCGGGUCCUAUUUUUAAUGAUGCUGGUGGCCAAAGCAGUGAAAAGCGGCGUAGAAAAGUGCCUAGUUUUCAUGUGACCUACUGGAUGUUUUACCCAUAUAGUCAGGGCAAAACAAUGUGCACUAUCAGCCUGGGACCACUCGGUAGCAUACCAUUUCCGGCAGUUUAUGGUUUCUGUUUGGGACGCCGCAAAGAUAUUGGCAGUCACAUUGGGGACUGGGAACAUAUGAGUUUAUAUUUCACAGGUGAUGCUGAACCAGAAGCAAUGUAUGUUUCGGCUCAUGAUGCGGGCGCAUAUUACUCAUACAAUCGCUUAACCGGAUCAUUUGAGUUUAAGAAACAAGAAACACGCAAGGGUAUAUUACAAAGACCGAAUUUUCCGAAAACUGUGACCACUUUCAAUAACCAUCCAGUAUUAUUCGCGGCAAAAGGUUCUCACGGUCUUUGGACGGCGCCAGGUAAACAUCGAUUUGUCAAAGUGGCACGACUGUAUGACAUAAACGGUUUUGGAACACCAUGGAAUACAUGGAAAUCGGUGGAUAUUACUUAUGAAAACCUAAAAUCCUAUGGACGCGCUCUGGUGCCAUCGUGGCUAUCGUUCAAGGGUAAAUGGGGCAACCCUAAAAGCAAAUGUCAUCCAUUCCGACGGAUUGGUUUGAAUUUUUGCGAGUACACCGAUGGUCCGACGGGUAUACCAUUAAAAGAGCCGCAUUUCCAGUGUGACGCAGCUUAAUUUAAUUGAUGUUUAUUUACAUUUAAGCGCUAGACUAGUUAAUUUUAAUAUUUAUUGCAAAAAUGUAUUAUCAUUAAUAAAAUA